AUGGGGCGGCGGAUCCUCAACGACGCUCUGCGCACGAUGGUCAACGCAGACCGGCGGGGGAAUGCGACGGCGCGUCUCCAGCCCAUCUCCGGCGUCAUGGUCUCCUUCCUCAACAUCAUGAAGCACCGAGGUUAUAUAAAAAACUUCGAGGUCAUUGAUCUGCAUAGAGUGGGGAAAAUUAAUGUGGAGCUUCAUGGACGUAUUAAAGAUUGCAAAGCUCUUACUUACAGGCAAGACCUCAGAGCUAAGGAAAUAGAACAAUACAGAGUUCGGAUGCUCCCAACGCGGCAGUGGGGCUAUGUUGUGAUUACUACUCCGAAUGGUGUUUUGGAUCAUGAGGAAGCAAUCAGGCAGAACGUGGGUGGGCAGGUCCUUGGUUAUUUCCAUUGA